AUGCGAUCGCUGUUUUUCCUAGAAUUACACGAUGAAGAUGCGUUUGUAGCUGAAGUCUCAAUGUUGCUGCAUCAGAGACUUCAGAACGCGGUCGCACGACAUCAAUAUCUUCGAAAAAAACAAGAGGACGGAGGAGCAGGGGGCGAGCGUGGUUGUACUUUAGACAUCAUGCUUUAUUUGGAAAUUGUUGAUGAAUAUAAUUCGUGUUCAGGUUUUCGUUUUGUUCUUCAAUACAAACAGUUAGUACUAGAAAAUCCCACCUCCACCCCAACAGCUUCGAACGCGUGGAGCAAAGGGCAAACUUCCGCAGCCUCGAUGAAGAACCCAGCAUCCGGCACAGCCGCAAAUGACUCAUCAACCACAGCGGUGAAAACCACUUCCAAACACCAGAGUCGGUUUCAAGCCGUUCUGGCCAGACUGAAAAACUUCCGCGACGAAGACCACGACCACGCUAAUAAAGGUGGAGAAAAUAUCCUCGCUUCGGCGAGGAUAUCUGCAGGACAGAUGAAGUUUCUCAACGUAGUAGAGAGAGCGCAGAAAGAAGUAGCAGGUCCGACGCAGUGGGCUUUCGCAGAGGAUUUUUGGGACGAAUUGCAUGCCUAUCUCGGCCUCGUCGGGGAUCAGGAUUAUGAUAGUACUAAGAAGAAUGAAGAACAAGGUGGAGGAGAUCGGAAUUGUACACUUGUACUCGGUGGUGGAGAUACUCACGAUUCUCGUGGAAGUUGGGCAGUGGUAAACAGCGCUUCCCCCGUGUCAGGAGUAGGAUCGAGGAGAAGUAGGCCUACAGGUUCUCGGUCGAUUAGGAGACUCACAAAUGACGACAAUUGUGAUGUAGUUGAUAUGCGUAAAAGUCGAACAGCUACAGCAGUUGUACGAGGGGAUGGCACAACAACGUGCAAGAACCACCAGCACAGCGACAAGUACACUACGAAUGUUCAGCAAGAUCAAUUUCUUACAAGUGCUGCUUUGUCUGGUUUGAAUCUCAGAGAAGUAGAUCUGCUCUUCUGGACCACUUUGGCUGAUCGGUCGAGGGCAUUUGCCGACGUGAGUAAGAACGUAAAGCCUUCUUCGACGUCUUCCAGCGCUACUUGGGGUACUUUGGGUGGCCGUCUACUCCAAUACUGGUGGAUAAACAGCGCUGAAGAGGUAGAACAAAAAAACACUGAAGCUAAAGAACACUACGAAAACGAAAAAAUAGCUAGUUCCUCAUCUUUGGUUCUCACAAGAAACACUACCACGUCUCCUGUCUUUGAUGCUCGAGCAUCGAUUGAAGCGCCAGAUGAUGAGCAAGAUGAACAAGACUUAUUUGAAGACGUGGAUCCUGUAAGCCUUACUGUGGGAGACCAUAGAAAACGGCGCACGACAACGCGACCUAAUGCCGCAGUCGCAAAGCGUCGAACCACACGACGCACAGUGAUCGGCGGACAGGCUUCUACCGGGGACAGAGACGGGAUCAGGCCCUCCCUGAGGUGUGCUUCUGACGAGAGCGACAAGCAUAAUCAGGAUCGUGAAACUUCUUCUAAGACACGUCCAGGCCCUUCCUCUACGACAAUUUUCGGUCGCAUGCGUAGGUAUGUUUUUCCUGCAUUAGGGAAGGUCCGAUUGCUGUCGAAGGAAGUAAAAGCGCCUAGUGAUGAUGAAGACAUUGAUGCUGGCGGCGAUGGUCUACGUUUACCAUCUGGUGUGACACGAGUGGGUGCUCCGCCACGGAGUGGCAAUGUAGGGGGUCGGAAUCGUCGUGGGAGUACUAGGCUUUCGUCCAGCGUAGCCGCAGAGGGUCUAGGACAUCAGACCCAGCACGAAAUAGUGCUCCAUGAUCCUCGUUCAAGCUGCGAGCAAGCGGCUACGCGGAAAACAAUUGUUGAGACACGAGCCGUGGGCAGAGGCAUGGGGUCUCAGCCGGCAUUUUUAGUGAAGGAAGAAGACUCGGAACAUCAUAAUAAUACGAAAAAACAAAAGACUCACAGAAAGUCUUCGCGCUCGCCGUCCAGGCGAACUGGGCAUACCCGAUUUGGAUGCCCAAUGAUCGCGACUUCUACGUCGAUAUGCACUAGUAAUUACGAAUUUCCGAACUCAUCAAGCUCCAGUAUGACGCCAAGAAGAAAAACUUCGAUACGAACGGUGCCCGCAUACAUCAGCCAUUACGAGAACGCUUCUAGGUGGCUGCGUCGAACUAGGAUCUUCCGAGAACGUUUAGCGCUAGCACGUCUCGAGAAGGAGAUGCUCUUGGGGGGUUCUAGUUAUUUCUCGUGUAAUCUAGUAGUAGAAGGUAGUUGUACUACAAGCAAUAAUCUUCAACGUACCCGUCCUCGAGCAGGGACAAGUAGAAAAACUGUUGCUCCUGCUCCUUUUGAGGAGCACCAAAGACAAGUGGUCCAGGACUAUGAAGAAGAUGGCGAGCUUGAAGAACAUGAUACAACUACACCUUCUACGACCCCUCAUCACCCGCAUCAAGUUGCCAGCUUCAACAUGCACAGGAACAACAAGAUGAUAAGCCUCGAGAAGGACCGCAACCACUUGAGACAGCAAAGAACAACGUGUCUGCAUCGUCUGGAUUUCCUGCUGGGCAACAUCCCAGUCUCCGCUGAUAUUCCGACUGAAGUGAGACUGGAGUUCGAGAACCGACAGGAUGAAGUGUUUGUUGGGGCAGCGCGAAAAAUGCAGUACAGAAUGCCACGUGGAUUGUUGGCGAAAGUUCUGGUAGAUCUUGGCGGUGGGGGUGGGGAGGAGAACGAGAAGACGACUGAUAUGACGACAAAGAGGAAAAAUGGGGAGGAUGAUCGUGAUACUAAGAUGGCCUCAACAUCAACAUCCUCGUCCAAACAUGUAGGAGGUGUAGGUGAACAAGGCGGUCAAGAUGAUGCGACGCUAAUGCUCCUAGGGGUGGACGACGAAACGCGCUUUAGACCAACAUCAGUAGAUCCUCAAGAUGCAGAUACUUCAACAACUUCGAGUGCUCCUGCUGUUGGAGUUUUAGAGGCGAUUUCUUCUUUACUGGCCUCUGAUCCUUUGCUUUGUAGGAAUCCUCCUUUGCUUUGUGGUGUUCAGACACUGUUGGAAGAGGAAGACGCUACUUUUCCUCGCGGCGGCGCCGGCGGGGCAACUCGACAACCACCAGCCGAGGAAGACAAAUAUUGUCAACAAGAUGAGUCAAUAUCAAAACUAGGACUGCAGCAAGAUCUUUCAGCAAAUCAAAGAGGACACGAGGACGCGGCUCCUGCACCUGUUGGUCCAAUAGUUUCCCAGUCUUCAUCAUCUUCUUCAUCUUCAUCCUCAACAACAACUGAAUUAUGCCCGUUGAAAGAUCCUCAUCCUCAACAGCAGCAGAUAACGAGACGAAGCGUCGACGAUCUGAUGUGGGCACUUACUGGCGCAUCGUCACCCAACAGGAAACGCAGCAGGCAUCGAAAACGUCACCAGUUUCGUGCAACGGAUAUUUUUUUGCGUGACUCUAAGGCUAAUUUGCCUGUGGAGGUAUUAGGUGGGAAGUUACUAAUACCAGCAUCCAGUUCCGGAGUUGCCCAUCUUGAUGGUCGUCAAGCAGAACAUCAAGGUACUGCUCGUUUACAAAACAACACGAGUUGUAGAGCUUAUUCUCGCAUGCUUAGAAGGUCAAUUUGUUGUCGGGUCGUGUUUUUUGCAGUUAUGAUGUACCGUGUUCUUUCACCUCCACAACCACAACAGGCCCUCUUCUUGCGCCACAAGAAUAUCCUGACACGACGCCAGCGACACAGUUGGCGCCACCAGCACUUGGACCUCUAGAACGGCAAAGGAGGGAGAUUUUGAAGGAGGUCGAAUCAGAAAUGAGGCAGUUGAUGGACCGGGAAGGUCAUUUAGCAACUAAACUCGAGAAACUCCGCUCAGAUCGGGAUGUAGUUUACAAAGAACUGGGACAACUUCGUGAGAAGGAAGCACGCAGAAUAGCGGAUGGAGUAAAAUUGAGGGAGAAAGUACAUGAAUACUACCGAAACCGGGAGGAACAACUUCGUGAGCACGAAAGUUUGAGGGAAGAACAAGCUAGAAUCUUCAGAAAGGAGAAGAAAUUGAAGAAAAAAGAAGAAGAUAAAGAGCAGGAGGAAAGGCGUCGUAGAGAAGAAUACUUGAAGUCGCUGAAGGAAAAGCGAAAAGCUGACCUUGCGCAGCGCAAAAGAGACCAAAUACGUGGGAGCGAGGUUUUGUGGGACGUCGUGCCCGAUAUCGUGCAGCAAGAGCGGGAUCGACAACAUGCGGCAAAAUGCCAGUUGAGAUCGGACUUUCUCAAGAACACAAGAAAUACUCAUGCAAGUGGAACAAGAAACAAAAAACAAGCCGUGGUCAAAAAUCAUGAUAUCAACACAAUUUCGAUUUCAUCGAAGGAGAAAGUAGAUAAACGUGAACAGAGAACUGCAUCUGCAACGCAACGUUCUAGUACGAGUACAAGUGACAAAAAAUGUUCGGGAGAUAGUCUUGAAGCUGCAGAGAGUAACGUAGAACUAGAAGAGGAGAACAUUUCGAAUGAGGGGUGCUUUUUCUAG